CUCCCUUUCAUGCCUUUGUGUGGCCAAGCCCCCCUUCUGUAUUUUAGGCGCCGCUGCCCGGGGUGUUGACAGGCUGCUGGUCUCGGUCAACUUGAAACGGGGCUGGCCUGGCGCUGUUUGAUGGGAGGUGAGGCUCGCUUGCGGUGGUGGUGGGUCGUCAGCUGGUUGUUGUUGUUGUUGUUGUUGUUGUUGUUGAUGAUGAUGUGCGGAUUUGGUGGUGAUGAGUUCUGUGGUGUUCGUACACUACUACGGAGUAGGUGGUUUGCUUUUCUUCCUCUUCAUCCGCUCCUGUUUUCUCUCUGCCAUUGAAGUGUGAACGGCCGGAUGCGCGCGCAUGGUG